UGUGUGUGGAUGGAAAAAGUGUAAAUUUGUUAAUAAAAUAUAUAGAGGUUUUGUUUUUGACAAUCAAGGGUAAAAAUGUUAUAAAUGUUUAUGAUUUAUUGGUUUUUUAUUGUGUUUUUUGUUUAAGUAAUUAGCGUCAAAAUUUUCUAAGUUAAAUAAUAAUGCAUAUCUUUGCAACAUUUUUCGCUUUCUAAAAAAUUGCUAGGCCAAAAUAAAGUAUUAAAUAUUUUACUCUUGAAAGAAAAUAUUAAAAUAGUAGGACAAGACGGUUUUGUUUUGGUUUUUUGGUACGCAAAAUUGAGCGGUAAGAUUAAUGUGAGAUGGCCUUUGGCCCCCUUAUAACUAACCAAGAAUUGGCAUUUUAAAAAGUGGUGGUCUUUGAGAAAAUCGGUAAAAAAGUUUAGGUCGUUGGAUAAAAUUUUAGUUAUUUUUAUAAGAGAAUUCAAAAUUUAAAAAACUUUAACCAAAAAUCUUUUUAAAUUCAAGAAUUUUUUUGCUCAACUUACCAAAAGCUUUCUUAAAUUAUUUUGGAUCAUCACAACAUUAUUUUAACACCUACUAGUAUUUAUGUCCAGCAUUCAAUUUCAUCAAUUAUACACUAUCAAUGACAAUUUUUUGAACAUUUUUAGUCCUAAAUCAAUAUUAGCAGCAUUAAGAUGGGUAAAAAGAUGGAUUUUACUAAUGGCUUCAACAGUUCAUCAAUUACUAAGUUGGAAAAAACGAAGACGAUUUGUUAAAGCAAACAUUGGUGGUGUUAAUAAAAGGCCAAAUGAUCCUUUUAAUUCAAUCUCUAUGAUCAACAGGCUGAGAGACUAUUGUUGUCCAAAGUAUUGCUUUUAUUCUCAGGAUUGCUCAAUUCAACUGUCAUGCAUUUACUUAUUUCUUAUUCUCUUAUUCAUAAUGCCUUCUGUUUUAUCUUUUGAUGCUUCAAACAAGGUUAUUACAACACCAACAUUCAGCUUUGAGGAACGAUCAUUGCUUCGAAAGGCUUUUUUGAAUAAAUUUGGGCUUUCUCAUUUGAAUGAGUGGAAAAAACAAGAGAAUUCGACACCCAAAGUGCCUGGUUAUAUUUGGAAUUUGUACAGGAGGUUGGAACAACGAAAAGCAGAUUAUACUACAAUACGGCAUUUCAGUACUUAUUCGCUUGAGUUUGUGGGUAAUGGGUAUGCUAAACUUGUGUUUAACUUGAGUAUGGGUGGAAAACAAGUUGAAGAUGAGGUAAUAUCACAUGGUGAACUUCGACUCCCGAAUUGGAAAGAAGCUUCGAUUAGUGUUAGAAUGGAUAAAUAUGGAGAUACUAGUAAAAAUAAGACCUAUGAAGCACCUGAUUCUAAUAAUAGAAUUGGUUUUGAACAAAGACCAUGGAUCGAUUUAGAUGGCAAAUUGCUUACUACUUCCUGUCACAACCAAAAAUUGAAUUUACUGCUUCAUUUUCCGUUGGGCAUACCGAUAAAUAAUGUGGAAUAUAUGCUUAGAGCUGCAGCAUUAUUAAUUUAUGCAAAUGAAAAGGGUUCUGAUUUUGAAUCGAAAUUCAACAAAAAUGACUCAAAACAACUAAAGCGGCGUUUUAAGCGAUCAUUGAGUGGUGCAACUGAUGAAAAUAGUAAAUUUGAAGAGGAAGAAGACGCAUCGUUAAACACAAGUCGUCAAAAACGUCGAAGAUUAGCCACCCAACAACAUCGGCAUCGUCAACAUAAUUCGGGAAGUGGGGCAUGUCGUCGUGCUGAUUUGUAUGUAGAUUUUGGACAACUUAACUGGCAGGAUUGGAUUGUUGCACCAUGUUAUGCAGCAUAUCAAUGUAAAGGUCGUUGUUCGCAUCCAUUGCCUUCUCACCUAAAUAGCAGCAAUCAUGCAAUAAUGCAAUCACUUCUUCACUCAAUUGAUCCUGGAGCGGCUUUAGCCCCAAGCUGUGUACCAGUUCAAAUGAGCUCAAUUACAAUCCUUUACAGGGACACAAAUAAUAAUGCGCUUGUUGUUAAAGCUUACGCAGAUAUGCGUGUUGAUGCCUGUGGGUGUCAGUAA